AUGGCAACUUUGAAGAAUAUCGCACUUGUCGGGGCAAGCGGCAACAUUGGGAAAAUCAUUCUAGAAAGCUUGGUCGUCUCAUCUGAUUUUGAAAUUACUGUUGUUUCGCGAAAGGAAAGCAAGGCAGUUUUUCCCUCGGGUGUUGCUGUCUAUAAGAGUGACUUCUCAGUUGCGGAUCUAGAGGCUGUUUUCAAGGGCAAAGAUGCUGUGAUUUCAGCAUUGGGAGCCACUGCAUUCGGCGAGCAAAAGAAACUCGUGGAUGCAGCCAUCAGUGCCGGUGUGAAGAAAUUCGUUCCAUCGGAGUUCUCGGCGAGUAGCCAGAAUGAAACGGUGAUUCAGCUGCUGCCACUCUUUGGGCAGAAGAAAGAACUCAUCGAAUAUCUGAAGACCAAGGAGGCUGAUGGAUUCAACUGGACCGGUAUUGCAACUGCUGGUUUGCUCGAUUGGGGUCUGGAGAACGGUUUCUUACAGUUCGACAUCGCCAGUCGUACGGCUACCAUCUGGGAUGGCGGGGACAAGAGUUUCACCCUCACCAAUGAGAAGUCCCUUGGUCAAUCAGUUGUCUCUGUCCUGCAGAAUCCCGAGCAAACCAAGAAUAAGUAUCUUUAUGUCGCCUCCGUUGAGACCACUCAGCGAGAGAUCCUUACGGCCCUGGAGAAAGCGACUGGUACGGAGUGGACAAUUCAGGAAACCACAACCGAGACCCAGCUUAGUGUGGCAGCAAAGAAGCUGACUGGUGGUGAUUUUGAAGGUGCCUUCAUCUUAGUUAGAGCGACUGUAUUCGGCAACAGCCCAGGCCUCAACGCCAACUAUGUCAAGGAUACAGAACUAGCGAACGACAUCCUGGGGUUGAAGCUAGAAAGUGUGGAGGAGACUGUCAAGAGCGUUGUCAAUAAGUAGACAAUUUCAUGUACCGGCAGAUACGAAUAGAGGUCUGAAGACCAUAUCAUAGCGUGUCC